CGCCCUGUGAGUACCCUUCCCCGUCCGAGGGAGGUGCAGGGGCGGGGUAGGACAGGGCAGAAAUGCAUGAUGUUCUGGAAGAGUAUAAAGAAGGAGCUGCAAAAUUUAUGGGUAUGCCAGAUGCUGUGCUCUACUGCUCCCUUCAUGACCCAGUCACUCUGUGCCCCUCUGGCUACAAUAGUAACAAGGCGGUCUCCCUGUGGGGAAGCUCAGGGCGCAUGGAACUGACAGCUUCCAAGUUCAUGGACAUCCAGCGGGCCAUCCAGCCAGACUGGUUCCAGUGCAUCUCUGAUGGAGACACCAUUUCUGGGGAAGCUGGCAGAAAAAGAGCCAAGAAGUCUGUGGAUAGGUCUCUUUCCUUCUUGGAUAUAUGCCUUCAACUGCAAGAAAAGUCACCGGAACUACAAGGAAGUGUAAUGUUUGGGGCAAUUGAAGGUGGAGAUGUCUUGGAAGAGAGGCUCAGAUCAGCCAGGGAGACUGCCAAGCGGCCUGUCGGUGGCUUUCUGCUCGAUGGCUUCCAGGGAAGUGCCAUGGCCAAGGAAACCAAGUUGAAACUGAUAGCUUCUGUCACAGCAGAGCUGCCAGAGGAUAAACCAAGAAUCAUUCAUGGUGUAGGCAAACCAGAUGAGGUGCUUGAGUGCAUUGAAAGAGGAGUGGACAUUUUUGAGAGCUUCUUUCCCUUCCAAGUGACGGAGCGAGGCUGUGCCUUGGUGUUCAGUUACGACUGCCACCCAGAUCCUGAAGCAACAGUUUUAACACAAAAUGGGACCCAGGACCUGGAGAAGAAUGGUGCUCAAGAAGACCAGGAGGAUGUCUCCAAAGCUGACCCAGAAAUGACACCAUUUGAGAUAUCUCUGAAGGAUAAAAAAUACCACGAUGAUUUUGGCCCUUUGCUGGAAGGAUGCAGCUGUUACUGCUGUCAGAGGCACACUCGUGCCUACGUCCAUCACCUCCUGGUGACCAACGAGCUGCUGGCCGGUGUCCUGCUCAUGAUGCACAAUUUCCAGCACUACUUUGGUUUCUUCAGUGCCAUUCAGGAUGCCUUAAGGGACAGCAGACUGGAUCAACUCAAGGAGCUUGUCUUCAGGCAGGCGCAGCAAGGCCCAGCAAAUGCGACGCUGAGUCAGUGAGCUCAGAGAGGACAGAGGAGGUUGCAGAGUGCAUCCUCAUCCAGUGGGACUGUAUCACCUGGACCUGUCACCAGUAAAAUGCCUUUUUUCCUUCCUGGAGGGAGCUGAAGGAGACAUUUGAAGAUCUCACUUCCUGGUGGGGAAGGACAAUCUUGUUCAAACGUCUCUUUUGGUUAACUGGCAUGGUGCAUUCUUGGUGGAUGGAAGAGCCUGGACAGUUCACCAGUAAGACCAGUAUGGUUAAGUUUGUUUUCAGAUACUCACUCUUGGUUUCCCAUGUGCAAGGACAGGGUAAUUGAACUUGUGAUUGAAGAUAAAGCAGGGCAUAUACUUAAAAUUAUCCAUCUACCUGGAGACUCAGCGGCUGCUUGGGGCUCUUGUUCCAUACCCGACAGUAAUUAUUGUUUUAGCAAAACCUAGUGGUGUCCUAGUCUCUCAUCAUGUGUCUCCUUGGUGAGAAAUCCCACCUCAGUCUAACACACUGUCCUUGUAGCCACCAUCUGUGCCCUUGGAAAGAACUGUCUGGAAGUGCUGCUGUGUCCAGUGGCACAAGGGACUGUGUGAACUCCUCUCUCAGGCCAGCUGCAGUGCAGAAUGUUCUCUGGGCCUGGAAGAAGUCUGCCACCUCAGCCUGGCCUUGAACACCCCUACUUCAUGAGUCCCAUUCAGUGGUAUUUAGAGCCAGAGAGGAAAGAAAGCGUUUAAUCCAUGUUCUGCUGUAGAGGUUUGAUUUUUUUUAUUUUUUUAACUCUAUUUCCAGAUUUAACUCCUGUGUUAGCACAUGGGUGACAAUGUCUGUACCAUUCUUUCUGGCCACCCUAGCACUGGUCACAGAGCAGGCUACACAAAUGUCACUGUAAGAUGGAGCUGUGGAAGGGAAGUGUCAUAGGAAGGGACUUUUAGAAAACAUUCUGGUGGGUCCUUGUUUUAAAAUGACUUGCUUACAUCACAUUCCUCUUACUCAGAUGGUUUUGUUGUUUUUUUUUUACUGCCCCUUACUGUGGAAUCAUGGAUGUAAUCAUUUUAUAUUACAAAGCAGCAAUAAAAGAAAUUUAUUAUUUGUUA